UCAUGGAGCGAGCACUAAACGGAACGCGUCAACUGCUCGCAGUAGUUAUAAGCUGCUGCUUGUGCUUCAGUUUGAGUGCGGCACAAUUGUCGCUUGCAACACAUGAUGCGGCCAGCAUCAAGGAUCUGAAUGAGUUGGGCUCCCACUAUCUGCCCGCUGGCUAUGCAGCGAUUCAACCGAACGUGACACUCGACGAUCUGCAACGCCUGAUGGAGCAGAAGUGCCUGAAGGCGAACGCACCUUUGCCCGCCAGCGAGGUGAAUGCGACGAAACUGACCGCUGAUAUACAGCAGGCAGCUGGCCGUCUGAUGCAGUGCAUCAAUGGGCUGGUCAAUAUCAGCGUAGUCAUGGACGAGGUGGAGACGGCGCGUCCUCGCGGCGAUCUUGAUGUUGUCUUUGAAAAGUACUGCCUGCGAAUGCCGCGUGCCCGCGAAUGCAUCACGGAUUUCAAUGCGGCCCUGUUGCCAUGUAUGACGCGCGAGGAGCGCUCGCACAAUGCGAUGAUGCUGCGCAUCAUGGGCAAGCUGCUGGAUUUUGUGUGCUACAAGAAUGGCGAUCAGAUCGCGCUCUUUAUUGCCGAGGAGGGGCCAGAGUGCUUUCAGCAGCACAAGGACAAUGUGGGCAGCUGCUUGCAGACCAGUUUUGGACAUUAUCUGCCCAGCCAGCUGAACAUAUCGCAAGUGCAGCUGCCAGAUCUGGUGCUCGGACCGCGCCAGUGCACCGAAUUGCAUGACUUCGAGAGCUGUGUCGUGCGCCAUCUGGAGACGUGCAGCAACAUCACGCCCAGCAACAUUGUGGAAUCAAUGUUCCGCUAUGUGCGCAAGGAGUCCAACUGCCAGCAGGUCAUCGAUCGCGUCACCCGGGAGAGUAACGAGGCUUUGGCUCAGAGAUCUGGCGCUGCCAGCACCUGGAGCGCCUCAUUGACUAUUGCAGCCCUGGCUGUGCGCGUUGCCUCUGCUUACAUAUUAUAAUAUUAGUAAGAAUACUUCAAGUGCGAUUACAUGCUUACUUUGUUUUUUUUUUUUUUUUUGCAUUAACUGUGUGUAUUUUAUAAUUAUUUUUAAUAAAGUCCACGCUGCGUAUGCGCAAUGUGUCCGUAAGCCGCUUAACGGCUUGGCCUUAAAUGCCCGCCAGCUGAAAGGAGAAGUUCCAAAGUGUUAAGUUAAAAGCUGCAUAAACACAAGCCUGAAAUAUGAAUAGAAACCAGCCAGCAGCAGCAACCAGCAGCCAACAGCAGCAACCAGCAGCCAACAGCUGCCAGAAGCAGCCAUUGCUUAUCGGCUAGUUAGCAGCCGGGUCAGUUGUCCGUCCGUCGUUCGCUCUGUCGUUCGUUGUCCGUUGGGUUUGCUGACUGGGCCGGUGUCUUAUCAGCGACUCGCUGGCAAAACAAUGAGAAUGCUAUGGUACACUCAGCAAAACAAAAAUAUGCCUUAAUAGAAUGCUGAACAUCAGCUUCCAUUAUAAAUUUUUUUUUAGUGCAUUUCUAAAACAAUAUAUUGCGUCUCUCUCAA